CCUUAGCUUCCAAUUUCUCUUUUUUUCCCCAUAUCAUGUUCAAGCACUCUAGAGCUUUACACUAGAAAAGAAGUCAGUUCUAUACAUUCCAAAUAUUAACUCUGCAGUUGAUUAAGGAAGAAGAUAUGUGAGAUCAAGUUAAGGAACAAAUUCUUCCACUAUUUACGCCAUCGUUCGAUUCAAUUUGCUACAAUGUACAAACAGGCUAGGAGUUGGAUGUAUGACAACCACUUAGAAAAUAAAGAUUCGUCUGAUAAAUUUGAAAGUGGCGUUGAGGAUUUCAUUACAUUUUCAUGUGAGCAUCCAACAUAUAUGGAUGGUGCUAAAAUAAGGUGUCCAUGUAAAAAAUGUAAGAACAAGGCAUAUAAAGAUCAAGAAGAUGUUCGAUGGCACCUAUACAAAUAUGGGUUUAUUGAAAAUUAUUAUAAUUGGACAUCACAAGGUGAACCUAUUCAUCAUGAGCUCUUCGUUGAACGAGAGAAUUUAUUGGCCGCUAUGUCUGACAACAAUCCCACUCAAUGGAAUGAUUAUGAGAAUAUGAACUGGGAUCAAAGGAUGGUAAACGAUGCUAUUGGUGUGCAUAAUGUUCCAGAGCAUUAUGAUAGCUCCCAAAACACAGAUGAUGGAAGUCUCAACGAGUCAUUUUCAGCACCAACUUUAAAUGACUCUCCAGAUCGCUUUUUCCAUGUGCUUGAAUCUGCGGACCGACCUCUCUAUGGAUGUGGUACAAAGUUCUCACAACUUCAAUUUGUGUCGAGAUUAAUGAGCAUCAAGGCUGACCAUAAUUGGUCAGAGGCUAGUGUGACUGAACUUUUGUUAUUGCUUAUAGACGCUCAUGAAGGCCCUAACACCAUCCCAGAGAGUUUUUAUGCGAUGAGAAAGUUAGUAUCAGAUUUAGGCCUCCCUGUCCAUCAUAUUGACACUUGCAGAUCAGGAUGCAUGUUGUUUUGGAAAGAUGACAAGGACUUGCACCAUUGCAAGUUUUGUUGAGAAGAAAGAUACAAGAACCUGAAAGGUACAGGCGAUGGUGAAACAGGUAAGUUGACAGCCGUAACCACGCUUCGAUAUUUGCCACUUGCGCCGAGGUUACAAAGACUAUAUGCUUCUACUGUUACUGCGAGUGAAAUGACGUGGCAUAAGAAUCACGAGUCACAAGAAGGCAUGAUGUGUCAUCC